CCCCCCCCCCCCCCGCGACCUCGCCCUCCUCCCCCGCCUCGCCGUCGCCGCCGCUUGCUGCUCCUCGGACGGCGAUCCCGAUUCGACUGGUAGUCCCCCGAUUCCGUUCCGCGCCUCCGUUCCACUUGCCCAGCAGCCCACGGGAGGCCCGCCCCGAUUGCUCGCACGGCCCUGGAUUAGCCGCGGAAUCCGCGUGUAGGGAGGAGCCAGGGUGGGAGGCGGCCGCCUGCGGUGUUUUGUGUACUGAUGCGAUUGCGGCGGUGCUGCCUUCUCUGGAGGAGGCUCGUGGUUUGCGCGUCGUUUUGGUUUUCGGGGUCCCUAGAGCUCAUCGCUGUUGACAGGGAGGCCCAGAUUGAAGGGGCUGUUGGGGGCGCGGCAUGUCGGUAGAGGGAACUUGCCCCCCUUGAGUACGGGCGAGCUCCAUUUCCGUGGUGUUGUUGUGCGGUCUGCUUAGCACAAUUGGGUCGGGAGUUCAGAGUGGAUUUUGAGGUCAAUAGUGAAGAACAAGUCUAGGGCAGUUAUCUAUUCAUUUAUCGAGCUUCAUUUUGAGGAGUAUAGAUUGGAAAUCUUUUAUCGGUUCAUUUGGUUGAGAGCUGUUCAGCUAUGGCAGUCAUGUAUUAGCGAUAGAAGUGAAUCUACAUUGAGUGCUUUUCGAAGAUGAUCGAGAUGAUGAAUGCAUUCUAGUUGCGAACUUUCUGCUGUCUUGGUAACCUUGAAGAUGCUCAAAGAGUCAUCAUCUCCAGCAUUGGAUGCUGACAGAAUAGAAGUUCCUUCACCAAUGGAAGAAAAUAAUUCCACAAAUUCUGAAGCUGCUACAGAUACUGAAGACUUCGAAAUUAGUGAUGACGAUGAUGACCGUAACCACAAGCACCGAAAACGGGAGGCUAGACCUCAACUUGACGAGAAUACAGAGGAGCAACAUCCAGGGAUGCCUCUCAAAAAGAGGAGCAGGGUUUCUGGUAAUGGACAACUUUUUGGCGGAUCUGGUUCUCAAGGUGAAGCACAGAAGGAUUUUGUACCAAAAUUCAAGAGGCGUCCUGGAGCAGGAACUCACACUUGGGCACCUAGAGUGAACCAAUCCUUCCGAGCUGAUUCAUCAGCUUCUGCCACGGCUCGCCCUCCUAUGACACGAGGAAGAGGACGGAAUGGUGCACCCUGGACUCAGCAUGAUCCAAGAUUUAACACAUUUGAUAUGAUUGAUUUUGCAUCCCAGAUGGCCUCACAAGGACCACCCGCACAUCCGAGCUUAUUUAUGGGCACUGCAUUGCCAAGUGGUCCAUAUGGAUUUAUGCCUGGAAUGCCUCAUGGGAUUUUAGAUCCAAUGCACCCACUUGGAAUGCAACGGCCUAUUCAGCCUGCAGUAUCUCCUUUAAUUGAUCUUAGCAUGCCUCGUCAACGCUGUAGAGACUUUGAGGAGCGUGGAUUUUGCUUGAGAGGGGAUAUGUGCCCCAUGGAGCAUGGUGUAAAUAGAAUUGUUGUUGAUGAUAUGCAGAGUCUAUCUCAAUUCAAUCUUCCAGUAUCAGUUCCAAAUGCUCAAGGACUGGGAAUCCAAAAUGAGGGAGGAACUGCUUCUGUUAACUUAUCAAGCCUAGGAGGCAGUAAAGGUGUUCCUGCAAAAGAUGUCAAAUCUGGUGUGGCAAGUGAUGCAUUAAAGAUAAAUGGAAGCACUGCUUCAGCUGUUGCUGUUGCUGUUGCUGAUGCUGAUGUAUAUGAUCCUGAUCAGCCUCUGUGGAACAAUGAACAACCUGAAGCAUCAUGUGCUGGUUUUGUACAUACUGAUGCUGGAGUGUGGAAUGCUGAAUCCUCAGGCUAUGAAACAGGGCGGGAGCAUUCAAAUCAGGUUUUUGCAACUGAUGGCUUGCAGAGUUCGAAGUCUACUGUUUGGGGGCGAAUAGCACCAAAGAGAAAAUCAGUGGGUGGUAACACAGCUAAAACUACGUUAACAAAUACCACUGGAAACCAAAGAAGUGAUUAUGAUGAGAUGGCUCCCAGCACGACCCAAGUAAAGUUUGCUGCUUCUAAGGAUACUAAUGGCCAAUCCAAUUCGAGAAUAUACGGAGAUGUGGGCCGGCAAAGCAAUCGAGCUUCUCACAAAGCAUCCCGUACACUUUAUGUACAUGGCAUUCCCCAAGAAAGCAACAGAUGGGAGAAACUUCUCUCGCAUUUUCAGAAGUUUGGUCAAGUAAUAGAUAUCUAUAUUCCAUCUAACAGUGAAAAAGCUUUUGUCCAGUUCUCAAAAAGAGAAGAGGCUGAAGCUGCCCUAAAAGCUCCGGAUGCUGUUAUGGGCAACCGUUUUAUAAAGCUAUGGUGGGCCAACAGAGAUAGGAUUCCUGAUGAGGGAGAGGGUAGAAUAUCCGCAAACUCUUCCCAGUUGUCUACUACGCUGGCCAAUUCUGCCCCUCAGCCAUCUUAUCCCAACAAAGUCAAGGAAAAUGUUCAAUCUACAACUCCAAGGGCCAGUUCUGGAUCUUCUGCUGAACCGUCGGGUUCUAGCACAGGUCCUAAAAUGCUGCCAGCAAAUAGUAUAAAAUCAAUACCCCCUGAUCCAAAAAGGCAAGAAAGUCUAGAACUAUUGGAAGAACUUCGCAAAAAACAGGAGAUCUUAGCUCAGAAGCGUGAUGAGUUCCGCCGCCAGUUAGAGAAACUUGCAAAACAGAAAGGUUCAUCAAAUUCAAUUAAGCAUGCAGAGGCUGGUGGAAAAGAAGUUGUUUCUAAUGAUGCGUCAAAAGUAACGGAUGCAAGAUCCAUGAAUGUUAGGGCUGAAGGGUCACAGGAGAUUGCUGGUAAGUUGGAAAAGAAAAGUUCUGGAGAGUUGGCUUCACACUCGCAAAAAGCUGUGACAUCUACACAAAAAUCAGCUGCAGCUACGAAGCAGACUAUUCAUCUGUUAGCACCUCCACAGAAUAGGUUUAAGCUUGACAAUCGAACCACAUCAUUCAGAAUUCUUCCACCUUUGCCACCUGAAAUUGCAAAUGAAUCUACCUUAGCAGAUCAUUUCUCAUCAUUUGGGGAGCUUUCGUCUGUUGUUCUGGAAGAUACCGAAGCCCAUAACCAUGAUGCAACCUUAAAACCUUCUCUGAGUUGCUCAGCUUGUGUGACUUACACAACACGGCAAUCAGCUGAGAAAGCAUUUAUUGGUGGUAAAUCUUGUAAAGGGCAUACACUACGAUUUAUGUGGUUGACAGCCUCUCCUGGCUCGAAUAACCAUUCUAGACCUCAGAAAAGUUCAAUUCCUUCCAAGGCCUCCAGUAUCUCUGGCCAUAUUCAAAGCAUGUCAUCUGAGUCCCCUAGCCCGGUUGGGAAAAUCUCAUCCACUGCCACAUCUGGUAUGGCAGCCAAUCCUCAUAAUAAAUCCAUCUCAACUAUGGAACAAACAAAGACUUCUCCAGUUGGAAUUUCCAAAGCUUCAUGUUCUAGUUCCUCUCUAUCAUCAAAUGUUGAGUGUUCUCCUGAACAUGGUGCCACAAGGAAUGUUGUCUCAGAUUCUGACCUUCCACAAUGAGGUUGGAGGUAUUUGGAAGAGUUGAUGGUGUUCUAAAUGCUGCACAAGUCUGCACCUAGUUGAAUUUGUCCUGCACCCUUCUUCAGGUUAUUGAAAGAACUGUUGGAAACCCUGGUAGUUAAUUAUGGUGUAACACCUGGAGUAAGACCCAUAAAAGGAAAAAUGGUUAAAGAAAAAGGAGUUCAAAGAUAUACCGGGCCAUUUUGCUGACAUCUUGAGAAUCAUUGUCCAUUCUUCUGCUCCGAGAAACUGUGAGUUGUGUUAGAUAAUUUGUACACCUCAUUUUGGGCUAGCAUCUUGCUGAAUGCAGUUGAUACUACGUGAGUUCUGUAUUUUGCAGCCCCUGCUGAAAGCAGCUUCAUGUGGAUUCUGUUAUGAGCUCAUUGAACACCAAACUCAACUCCCUCUAGGUUUCUCGUCCAAAACUUCUGUUGUGCAUAUGAAACUAAUAGGGCAUACGAACUGACCCAGUCAAUGCAAAUUUUGUGACGGAGUAUCUGUCUUGUUAGUCUAUGUAA